CUGUACUAUUGGAGCUGCUAUUAGGCAACCAUAUACCACACCCUCACUCUCUCCGGAAACUCGCAGAGACUAGCCCUAGUCAUCAGCUAAAACUCUCAAAUGUUCCUCGCUAAGCUCUCCCGCCAAAAUCAAUCUCCAAUCGCGCUUGCAUUCACGUGCUACACGCGCCACCUCUCUUCUUCCAAUCUCUACGAUCACUACUCCUUCAAACCCCCACCCUCGCUCGUUCCAGAACCCCAGAACAUUGACCCCCACCCUAACACCAGGACCAAUUAUCUCAAGAAAAAGAAGAAACCCCAGUAUCGGCCACCUUCCUCGCUUGACCGUACGGGCUUGAAACCCAUUCAUUCAGAGCUUCCGUUCGAUUUCAGGUAUAGUUACACGGAAACCAGCCCAACUGUACGGCCCAUUGGCCUAAGGGAACCGAAGUACUCGCCGUUUGGGCCCGGCAGGGUUGACCGUGAAUGGACCGGGGUUUGUGCUCCAGCGUUGGACCCGAAGGUCAGGUCCGUGGAGGGAGCGGAGGAGGAGGACCCGAAGUUGGAGAAAAAGAGGAAGGAGACGAGAAAUAGAAUUCAGGGUGACCCGCUCACUGGGGCAGAGAGGAAGAUUUUGGUGGAGAAGUGUCAGAGGCACAAAACCAAGCGUCAAAUCAAUCUGGGAAGAGAUGGUUUAACUCAUAAUAUGCUGAAUGACAUACACAAUCAUUGGAAACAUGCUGAAGCAGUGAGGAUAAAAUGUCUAGGUGUUCCAACUGUUGAUAUGAAAAAUGUGUGCACCCAGCUUGAGGACAAAACUUUUGGAAAAAUUAUCCACAAACAGGGUGGUCUUCUUAUGUUGUACAGAGGCAGGAACUAUAAUCCUAAAAAAAGGCCUGUAAUUCCAUUAAUGUUGUGGAGACCUCAUGAGCCCGUAUAUCCAAGGCUGAUCAAAACUACAAUUGAUGGCUUAAGCAUAGAGGAAACAAAGGAAAUGAGAAAGAGAGGAUUAGCUGUUCCAGUUUUAACAAAACUUGCCAAGAACGGUUACUAUGGUAGUCUGGUACCAAUGGUCAGAGAUGCUUUUAUCUUUGCUGAUUUGGUUCGGAUCGAUUGCCAAGGUCUUGAGAGGAGUGAUUACAAAAAAAUAGGCUGCAAACUAAGGGAUCUGGUGCCUUGCAUACCAGUAACAUUUGAUAAGGAGCAGAUUGUGGUUUGGAGGGGAAGGGACUAUAAGCCUCCAGAGGAUGGAUACUUUGCUACAGAUCAGGAAUCAGCAGAUGACUUAAAUAUGAUUUCUGCUGCAGAUGAACAUGAAAGCGAUGUAGAUAACAAUGGCAGCCAGCCAAGCUGAUUAUAAUUCGUUCCUUUUUUGAUGAGUUUUGGGUUAUUGCAUUUUCAGCCAGUUUCUACCCGAAAAAGAAGAGAAAAUGUGUGUUUUUGGAGGUUUGGCAAUACAAAAUAUCCACAAAAUGAAAAUAUGAUGCAUCUUUGGUUUGUGGAUGUCAUUACCAGGAGAUCAUCCAAUUAAGCAGAGCAAGAAGAGUUUCACAAAGUGGAGACUUUGUAAAAGGCAAAGCCAAUUGUUGUAUAGAUUAGAUUCUUUUGGCAGAUACGAUUGCCAACAAUUUUGGAGAAAAGAGUAUGGUGUGAUAUCUUCCUUAGGUUACACCCAUUGUAAGAGUUGGCCUCUUCUAAUUAGCUUCAACCAGAUGAAAAGAGGUAUAUAUAUAUCUUUCCCUUUCUAAAA